GCCACAUGGAUGUCAUUGGGUGUACCUGCCAAUGUACCUGGGUACCCACCUUCGCCAAGGCCAAGUACCGUCGUACUGACUUACGUUGUCCCUCUGUACGUAACCGUGAAGCUGUUUGAAUUGAGAAGCUCCAAGCUGGCCUCAAUCAUUCGACAUGGGAAUAAAAGUGUAAAUAAAUUCACCUACAUCACAUCGCAUUAUCGCCAACACGAUACCACACUUCCACGUUCGUUUCUGUCCCUAUUCUCACGAGACAUCAGUGACGAAGCACUUCGUCGCAAAUUUACAACGUUAACUCUCCGAAACAUCGAGCAGACAAUUUCGAAGCGCACCAUUCACCAUGAUUUCUGACGACGACCUGUAUACCCUCGCCCUAUUCCUUGGCUCGGUGGCCGUGGUUCUCAUCGUUCUGUACCACUUCUUCGAAGUCAAUUCGCGCGAGGAUGAGGUGCCGAUUACCACCGAGAAGGGCGCAAAACCUCCCGGCGCGUCAAAGUGAGAACAACAACAAACUGGACCAAGGGCUUAUGGAUAUAUCCUGGACUUGGCCGUGCACAAGAUGAGGAAGGCUCUCUUGAUACUUGGUGGCGGGCCUACGUACGAUUUGGGAGGGCACUCAGAUACAUGUCACGUACCUAGGUUAUUUGGGACUCGACUCCAUGACAAUGCUUCUGAUCAAAAUCGGAGACAAUCUAUUUGAUCAGUUGGACUUGGCAUACAUGAUUUCGGGGGAUUUCAACAGGUGGACCAAUGCAGGUUGCGUCAGAGGACUUCCUGUACCUGUAUCAAUGAUUUAUGUGUAUAGCUCCAUGGUUAUAUGAAGAUCAAACUGAGCAAAGUUGAUUUGCUAUCAACACCAA